UAAACCUCGCCGUCAAGCUGACAGGCGAAGGAAAUUUGACGUUUAUAUUUUUGUUUAUAGCCUGCAAUUUAAUACAAAAGUAAAUAUUUGCAAUGGAUUUUGAUAGUCCCGAUGUAAUGAAAGAUUUUCCCGGCCUGUAUGCGUCGGAGUUGAAUAAAAAGUGUAACAAUGAUAGUGACUACAGUGAUGAGACUGAUAAAGGCAACAAAAAAGAUAUGCUGAUUGGUAAAAGGAAGGAUAAAAAGGACAAAAAGGAUAAAGAAAAAGGAUAUGCGGCUUUGGAGGGAGAAAGCUCAGCAGAUGAAGAAUGCAAGUCCAGAAGCCCAUCAAAAACCAAGAAGUCAAAAUCGUUUAAAUUUACCACUAAGUCUAAGGAUAAAAGGGAAAAAUCCAGGGAGAAGGAAAAGGACACUGGUGAUAAAAAGAAAGAGAGGGAUAAGAAGAAUGAUAAAAAAACUGAAAAAGAGAAAAAUAAAAAAGUGAAAAAUUAUGAAGAUGCAUUGGAUAUAGCAGAAGCCCUUCCAAUAUUUGGGGUGAAUCUGGAAACAGCAGUGGAGAGAAGUAGAUGUCAUGAUGGAAUAGACAUACCAUUACCGAUUAGAGAAUGUAUAGAUUACAUUGAAAGUGCUGGGACGUCUUUUGAAGGAAUAUACAAAAUUAGUGGUACAAAAUCAAAAGUUUUACUUAUUAGAAAAAUGUAUAAUAAUAGGCAAAAUAUUAAUCUCAAUGACUAUGAUGUACCUACUGCAACAAGCUUACUUAAAAUGUUUUUAAGGGAUCUUCCAGAACCAAUCUUCACAAGUGAUUCUUUAGUGAGAUUUGAGGAAGCAGGGGCAAUCCUUAAUUUAAAUACUAGAGAAAAACACUUAAAAAUACUUGUUGAUAAUCUACCUCCUCUCAAUAAAUUACUUUUGUCCUGGUUAAUCAUACACUUGGAUAAUAUCUCUCUAAAUCAAACACAUAACAAAAUGACUAAACAAAAUAUAUCAGCCGCUUUAAAUCACACGUUUCAUAGUUCUUCAAGAUUACUGCAUGCUCUAUUGCACCAUUGUAGAGCAUUAUUUCCUGACUUAACCAUAACAAAAUAUAUCCCACCUCUAAGUUCAGGGCAAACUCUCCCUGAUGACCUUGAAACCAUGGAAAUAGAGUUAAAAAAACAGGAAUCUCUACUAACUCAAAUUCACACUGAAAUGAACGUUGGGUGCAUUUCUAAGGAACGCGAAGAGUUAUUAUGGGAAGUACAGAGGAUUAUAACCCAGUUAAAGCGAAAAAUUAAGACUGCCCACAAAGAAAAAGAACCAAUUGUACCUCAGGAGAAAGAAGAGCCAGAACCAGUCGAAGUUUCAGUUGAGGAACCCAUUAAAGAACCAGAGCCAAUUGUAGAACCCGAAAACAGACCGACAGAACCAGAACCAACACUAGAAAAUACAAUUGAACACUUAGAAGAAAUACCUCAAGAUGAUGAUAAUGAUAAACCAAUGAUAUUAACCGAUUCCAGUCUUUUAUUAUUAAAAUUUAAAAACAACGGUCUUCUAGCUUUGAAAGAAAGACUUGAAAGAAAUAUUUUGGAGGAACAAAAGGAGAUCUUGUCACUUAAAAAUCAAUUGUUGCCGGAAAAACCGUCAGUUGUACCGAGCAAUGAAGGACUGGAUGAAUUAAUGUCACUUUUACAAAAAGAAAACCAAAUUUUACAAAUUAACAAGAUUAAUUUAGUCAGGAAAAUUAUUGAACAACAAGAAAUUUGCAUAGAGUUGAAAGCCAAGCUGGAAUUAUCCAACCAAGUUUAAAUUAAUUUAAUUCAAUUUAUUUAUCUAUAAUAUAUACAUAUUGUAAUAUAAUAUAAUAAUGUAAUAUAG